AUGGCUACCGUCGAUCCCCCAGUGCCAUUGGGCCCAUCAGCAGACAGAGGAUCAACCCGCGGCGGACGAGGAGGACGCGGGCGAGUGGCGUUCUUCAACAUGGGCAGACGCGGAGCAGCGCCCCCCUCAAUACCCACCCGGCCAGACCAGGAGCAGCAGCAUGAGGGGGCCUCUCCACCGUCGGAAGCCAAUUCGCAGAAAUCAGAUGGGGAUCGACGCGGACGCAGGCGGGGCCGGCCAGGACGUGACAAGUGGAAGGGGAAGGGCUCUGAGGCUUCGUCGGGGAGAGUUACGCCGAUUUCGGAGAGGGGAGAGGUUUCGGGGGCUGUGGAAACGUCGGGGUUGAACAAUAGCGAGGGGAAUGUUCCUCAGGCGUCCACCAGUAAUGGGUUCAACGUCAGCUCAAAUGCGGCUCAACAAGGAACACCACCGAGUGCCCUGAGACAAAUGACUGGUGCGGAAAAGGUUCAAGCUCUUAUGGAAUCACAUAGGGAGGAAAGCAUUUCGAGACAGCAAAAGAAGAGCCCUAACUCCAGCAAUGCUCGGAAUGGAAGGGGUUCCGACUCGCCAGCUAACAACCAGCAAUCCUCAUCCAAGACCACAGGUGGUCCGGGAUCGGCUGGAAGGUCCGAUGAACCACCCACUGGACCACGACAGGCUAGCAGAAGGCGCAAAGGUAAAGAGAGGGAGGUUAGGGCCGAAAGUAAUCCCCGUGGCGAGGGAAGCUGGCAACGACAAGCCUUUCUACCCCAGGGAAGUCACAUUCUCGGGGAGACACCCGAUGGCUCACCACCUAAUCAGCGUCACCGCCAGCAACCACAAAGGCGCUUUGGAGCAAACCUGACCUCAGAAGGAUCGAAACCAACCUCACCUCGGGCCGGUACUCCAGAUGCUGAACGUCCAAAGGAUGCUCGCGUGGUUCCUCCAGCUAGGGCGUUUGGUGGCAAAUUAACUGAGGAUACAGCAGAGUCCCAGCAUGAUAGUGGGAAACUGAGAGCCGAAGCUACGGCGUUUGAGCCCGGGAAGCCGGCUGAGGUUAUCCCCCCACAUCUUCGCGGUAUGUCGAACUUCUCUACUUCAAUGCUGCCACAAGCUGAAUGGGGUGGACCUAAAGCUUCAGGCUCUACUGCUCCAAGAGCCAACAACAAGAGAUCCCCGAAUAAUAGGGAUAAGAAAAAACAGGUCGAAGAGUUAUACAAGCCAGAUGGUAAGAAAAACAAUCCCCUUGUCAAGAAUAUGAGGGUUCAUGCCAACACCAUGAGGAAAGAUUCCGACGAUAUCGGGACUCGAAUCCAUAAGGAAAUUGCCAGCGGGGCCUACGAAUGUAUGGUCUGCUACGGCGGGCUUAACAGAAAGUCGAAGAUCUGGAAUUGCAAGUGCUGCUGGGCUGUCUUUCACUUGCAUUGCAUCACGAAAUGGGCAAAGCAAGGGCUGGACCAGCCACCACCGAGGAACUCUGACGCGAACGACGAACCGCCAAGGAGGAAAUGGAAAUGUCCUGCUUGCAACAAUCCGGGAGAUGAAGUUCCAGAUAUGUAUACCUGUUGGUGCGAGAAGACAGUACAACCGGAAGCCAUCAAGAAUAUUUCACCUCACAGGCACGAACUUCGCCAAGGAACUGCCCCCAUGCUUGUGAUCUUCAAUGUCAUGCUGGGCCUUGUCCGCCUUGCACUGCGAUUGGGCCGGUCAAGAAAUGUUACUGCGGGAGCGAAACCUCCCAAAGACGAUGUGUUGACACGAACUAUGAAGAGGGUUGGAGCUGCCAAAAGCCUUGCGAUGACUUUAUGCCAUGUGGCGAGCAUACCUGCCCGAAAGUCUGUCACCCAGGGACGUGUGGAGCUUGCCAGGAAGCAGUUCUUAGCUUUGAGAGUGGUGAUCAGGGUGUUACUCAAUGGGAAGGGUAUUGGAACUGUGAAAAGAUCUGUGACAGGCCUUUUGAUUGCGGUAAACAUCGCUGCCAAAAAGCUUGUCAUUCUCAAAAUGUCCUUCCAGCGCACUGCGCUCUAUCUCCAGACGUUGUCAAAUCCUGCGCUUGUGGCAAAACCGACAUCAAUAAGCUUCUCGAUACACCUCGUCAAUCAUGCGAGGAUCCUAUCCCUACUUGCGGCAAGGUCUGCCAGAAAGAACUUAAAUGUGGGCAUCCAUGUCAAAAGACUUGCCACGAUGGAGACUGCGUUACUCCUGCCCCAGUUCCUUGCGGAGCCAGCCCCCCGGCUUGUAAACACCAGUGCACAAGGGCAAAGAGCUGCAACCAUCCCGCGGUUUCCCACCCUUGUCAUCCCGACGAAGAGAGUUGUCCGAAGUGCCCUUAUCUGGUUGAGAAGAUCUGUCUAUGUGGAAAGAAAUCAGUCAAAUCAAUUCCCUGUUGGAGGGACGCGGUCUCUUGUGGAACAGAAUGUGGCAGGAAACUUUCAUGUGGAUCCCACCUUUGCCGCAAGGUAUGCCACAAGGGUGGACAAUGCGACGAGCCAUUGCUCCGAGGACAAACCAUGCACAGCGAAGCUCGUGCUCAAGUGCGCCUGUGGCGGCUUGAAGCAGGAGAUUAAAUGCGGGGCCUCUAAAGCUAACCCUGGUGGUAACAAGAAGGAACUUAAGUGUACUGAUGCAUGCCGAAGCCGUCGCAUGGCUUUUGCACUUGACGUUGAUCCUGAUCGUGAUGCGGUACCGCCGUAUUCUGAGGAAACCCUUUUCUUCUACAAUAGAGACAAGAAGUUUUCAACGACCAUUGAAGCCAAAUACAGGGUAUUUGCGGAAGGAAACUCAAAGCGUCUUGCUUUCCAACCCAUGAAGAGCAGCCAGCGCGCUUUCCUUCAUACCCUUGCUACAGACUUUGGUCUUGAGUCUGAAUCUCAAGAUCCAGAACCGUACCGCAGCGUAGUCCUAACCAAAGGCUCCAGCUUCGUCGCAGCACCCAGGAAAACAAUCGCCGAGUUCCUCGUCAGCAAGCCCAGCGCCAUGCCUAGCGCCAUGCCAGCAUCAGUUCUACUGCAACUCAAAAAACCAGUAAAGCAAGCCUUCAACGCCCUCCUCCUCAAAGGAAUCCGCGUCGGCCUGCUCACCUCCGAGCUCGAGAAGGAGCUGGAAUACGUCCUGAAGGACUCCCAGCUGCGCUUCAGCCUGACCUGGUCCGGCGACGAGGAAGUCCUCCUCCUGCCCAAGACCAGCAGCCUCGGUACCGAGCAGAUCGAGCUCGAGCUCACGGAGAUGAGCCCAAAGCUCAAGCGCCUCAUCGCGCAGCGCGGCAUCGCCGACAGCGCGGAACUAUGCGCCGUCACAAAGGACGGCCUAGUGAUCGGCCGGCAGGGGAACCAGUGGUCAACCGUCGCGUCGAAUAAGGGCGUGCCGCCGGCUAGACUGGUGUCUACGGGUCUGAGCACCAGGAAUGUGUUCGGUAUGCUGGGCUCGGGUGGUGGGGAGCCCUCGGCGGCCGCCGGGAGCUGGUUGCAGGAGAAGAGGAGUGGCGAGGGGUUGAGGAAGAAGUUGGUGCUGCAGAAGAAGACGGAGAAGGGGAAGGAGAAGGCGAAGGAGGAGGAUGUCGUUGAUGAUUGGGAAACUGCUGCUGCUGCUGACGAGGAGGUUGUUGGGUAG